AAACAGAGCCUGCGGUACUGGUUCAUUUAUCCACAAAUCUCUCUCUCUACAAUGGAGAAAUUAUCUCUCUACAAAUGAAUGGAAGCCACUUCCUUCUUUAAGCACUUGGCUGCCUCAAACCUAACUGUGUUUGUUCCCAGUGAAGCGAAAAUGUCGAUUCAAACAUCAUCGUACAGGGUCAUCUCACUGAGGACUUGCUCGUCUUUUGGGAAAAGCACGCCUACUAACUUAUUUUAUUUCAGAAGAAGCUCUUCAGUUAAAGUAUUCUCUCUCCUAAACCUGACAUACUAUUCUACUGAUUCCAGUAGUGAGUUUUGUUCUUCGUCAAAACGAAGAUCUCGUGGUCCUGUUAUGGCAGCAAAGAAAGCAUCAGAAGGGGCAAAGCAGGAAGAUGGAAGGUACAAGCACACAGUAGAUCUUCCUAAGACAACAUUUGGCAUGAGGGCAAAUUCUGCAGUAAGGGAGCCUGAAAUUCAGAAAUUAUGGGAUGAAAAUCAGGUGUUUAGGAGAGUUGCUGAAAGGAAUAGUGGGGGAAGUUUUAUUCUUCAUGAUGGUCCUCCUUAUGCGAAUGGUGAUUUGCACAUUGGUCAUGCUCUAAAUAAGAUUUUGAAGGAUAUUAUUAAUCGUUAUAAGCUUCUUCAAAACCGUAAAGUUUUUUACGUGCCUGGUUGGGACUGUCAUGGCCUACCGAUUGAGUUGAAAGUGUUGCAGUCACUGGAUCAAGAUGCUAGAAACGAGCUCACACCAUUGAAAUUGAGAGCAAAGGCAGCCAAAUUUGCCAAGGCAACCGUUAAGACUCAAAUGACAUCAUUUAAGCGAUUUGGAGUAUGGGCAGACUGGGAUCAUCCUUAUCUAACACUCGAUCCAGAGUAUGAAGCUGCUCAGAUCGAAGUAUUUGGUCAAAUGGCCUUUCAGAGCUAUAUCUAUAGAGGCCGAAAACCAGUUCACUGGAGUCCAUCAUCACGAACUGCUCUUGCGGAGGCUGAGUUGGAGUAUCCUGAGGGGCAUGUUUCAAGGAGCAUAUAUGCCAUUUUCAGAUUAGAAAGUGCACCUCCAAAAUUGGGUGGCUUAUUGGAGGAAUUUUUUCCCAAUUUGUGCCUGGCCAUUUGGACUACCACUCCAUGGACUAUUCCAGCCAAUGCUGCUGUCGCAGUGAAUGCUAAGCUUCAAUAUGCUGUUGUUGAAGUGCACUCACUCUUGGAGGAUAUUUCUACCUCUUCUGGACAUGGAAAGAAAAAGUUUGGCAUUGUUUUGAAGGAGCAAAACAAACCCUUCCUUAUUGUAGCAUCAGAUCUUGUGUCAACGUUAGAAGCAAAAUGGGGCCUGAAGCUUGUUGUGAAGAAAACAUUGUUGGGUUCAGACCUUGAAAACUGCAGGUAUAUCCAUCCACUUGAUAACAGAAAAUGUCCUGUUGUCGUCGGGGGAGACUACAUUACUACAGAGUCAGGAACUGGACUAGUCCAUACGGCCCCUGGGCACGGUCAGGAAGAUUAUGUAACUGGAUUGAAAUAUGGUUUGCCUAUAUUUUCCCCUGUUGAUGAUGAUGGAAAGUUCACUGAAGAAGCUGGGCAGUUUAGUGGACUAUAUGUACUUGAGGAUGGUAAUAUUGCUGUUAUAGAAUACUUGGAUGAACACUUGUCAAUGAUCAUGGUAGAACCAUACAAACACAAGUAUCCAUAUGAUUGGCGGACAAAGAAGCCUACAAUAUUUAGGGCAACUGAGCAAUGGUUUGCAUCUGUUGAAGGAUUCCGGAAGGCUGCUAUGGAUGCAAUUAGCCAAGUAACAUGGAUUCCAUCUCAGGCAGAAAACAGAAUUUCUGCAAUGACCUCUAGCCGCUCUGAUUGGUGUAUUUCAAGGCAAAGGACGUGGGGCGUCCCGAUCCCAGUUUUUUAUCACGUAGAAACGAAGGAGGCUCUCGUGAAUGAAGAGACUAUUGACCACAUCAAGUCUAUAAUUUCCCAAAAGGGUAGUGAUGUGUGGUGGUAUAUGACUGUAGAGGAAUUACUACCUCAUAAAUAUCGCGAUAAAGCAUCAGAGUACAUAAAGGGGACUGAUACAAUGGAUGUCUGGUUUGACUCAGGCUCCUCUUGGGCUGCUGUGUUGGAGAAAAGAAAAGGCCUUAGUUAUCCUGCAGAUUUGUAUCUUGAAGGUACAGAUCAGCAUCGUGGAUGGUUCCAAAGCUCUUUAUUAACAAGUAUUGCUACAAAAGGAAAGGCUCCAUAUUCUAGUGUUGUAACACAUGGAUUUGUACUGGAUGAAAGAGGUUUAAAAAUGAGCAAAUCAUUGGGUAAUGUUGUAGAUCCAAGAACCGUGAUUGAAGGAGGAAAAAACCCAGGGGAAGCACCUAGUUAUGGAGCUGAUGUCCUUAGACUCUGGGUUUCAAGUGUAGAUUAUACAGGCGAUGUGUUGAUUGGACCCCAAGUCCUUCGUCAAAUGUCUGACAUAUAUAGGAAGCUGCGAGGAACGUUGCGAUUUCUUUUGGCAAAUUUGCAUGAUUGGAAAGCUGAAUAUGCUGUUCCAUAUGGUGACCUGCCUUUGAUUGAUAAGCAUGCUCUAUUUCAGCUUGAAAAUGUUACAGAGAACAUUAGAGAGAGCUAUGAAAAUUAUCAGUUCUUCAAAAUAUUCCAGAUCAUUCAACGAUUUGUGAUUGUUGAUCUUUCAAACUUCUACCUUGAUGCUGCCAAAGAUCGGCUUUAUGUCGGGGGCACUAUAAGUUUUUCGAGAAGAAGUUGUCAAACAGUUCUUGCAGCACAUUUACUUUCCAUUGUGAGGGUUAUUGCUCCAAUCCUGCCUCAUUUGGCUGAGGAUGUCUGGCAGCAUCUUCCUUUUCAGCAUACUGCUGAAGAUGGCACUAUUGCCAAAUUUGUUUUUGAGUCAGGGUGGCCAGCGACAGAUGAAAAAUGGCUUGGUUUCCCUUUGGAAGAAAUUGAUUUUUGGGGGAAAAUUCUUGAGCUGAGAACUGAGGUGAAUAAAGUCCUAGAGGUUGCUCGUACUGGGAAGUUGAUAGGUUCCAGUUUAGAUUCAAAGGUCUAUCUCCAUACCUUUGAUAAUGACCUGGCUGAGAGAUUAAAUGAAAUGUGUGCAGCCAAAAAUGAUGCAGACACAUUGCAUCGCAUAUUCAUUACAUCUCAGGUAGAGAUUCUCCCAACUGUGGAGAAUGCACAAAUUGAAAAUAUACCAUACGCUGGAGAAUACAUCAUUGAAGGAGGGAGCAGAGUUUGGAUUGGUGUGUCACAUGCAGAAGGUUCAAAAUGUGAGAGAUGCUGGAAUUACUCGCCUCAAGUCGGUUCUUUUUCUGAGCACCCCUCACUUUGUAGCCGAUGUUACAAUGUUGUUGGUGCUCAACCGAUUCCUGCCCUAGCAGCAGUCAGCUGAGAUGUACUGAUGAGAAAGAUUUCAGAUACCAAAAAUAUAGUUUAACUUGUUACCGCCUGAGUUUGUGACAUUCAAUCAAGAUAUGCUCCUCAAGUUUCUAUGCUUUCUUCACCAAGCUCUGGGAUCUUGGUUUGCUCCUCAAAUGGGGAGGACAUUAGGUAUUGUGAGUUCAAAAUGCUGCUUAGCACCGGGGGGUUAUUCAACCUGUGAGAAGGGAAAGGUUGCCAAUUUGUUGUUUGCGGAACUGAUUUCUUACAAGUAUGAUGAGGAACAAUCUGACGAAUAGAUUCUAUAUUUUCUCGUACAUUCUUUGUUUUGUUGGCUGAGAAUCAAUUAGGUUGUCAAGGCUCAAACAAUCCAAAAACAUAUACCGAAAGGAAAAUAGAAUUAGAAAUGUAACCACACUAUUAGAUACUC